CUUAAAAUUGAAGCAAGGAUUGAAAAGUUAGAUACAAGUCCGUCUAUGGGAUAAAAAAAAUCUUUUUUAAACUCAAACUUCUUUUUCGCAAACAGUUUGUCAAUAAAGUUUUGUUUGAACGCGUCGUUUCAAAGAUGGCGGUGGUUCAGAGAGGAGUUCCACCUUCUCUAUCAGCCAAAGUGACAGGCUCAUUUGCCUAUUUGACUAUCCGGGACAGACUGCCGACCAUUCUGACAAAAGUUAUUGACACAAUCCACCGCAACAAAAGCAAGUUUUUUGAGGAACAUGGCGAGGAGGGCAUCAACGCAGAGAAACAAGCGAUAGCUCUUCUGUCAAAGCUGAGGAAUGAGCUGCUGACUGACAAACCUGUCAUUGAACUGACGGAUGGUUUGGAAGACGCAGACUCCUGGAAUGAGUAUCUGCAGAGACAACAGAGGCUGCAGGGCGACCAGGAGCCUGUCAGCUGGUUCACGUCUCCGUGGCUUUAUGUAGAAUGCUACAUGUACCGCAGGAUCCAAGAGGCAGUCAGUCUGAACCCCCCCAUCAGUAACUUUGAUGUCUUUAAUGAAGGAAAGACUCAGAGCUUUUAUGAGUCUCAGAAGGCUGUGAUGACUCUGUGUACUUUUCUGGAGGACAUCCAAAAGAACGCAGAGAAGCUCUCUCCGGAUCGGUUGUCGGAGGAUUUCAACAAACUGCUGCAGAUCUCUUUGUGGGGCAACAAGUGUGAUCUUUCCAUCUCCGCUGGGCAAGACAACUCUCAGAAGAUCAGCCCCAUAGACGCCCUCGCCAGCCUGCAGCCGUUUAUCUUGGUGAAUGACUCCGGCAUGGUGUGGUCGAGUCUGAUGUCUUCACAAAGGGCUGGAGAGUCUGUGGACAGAGUGGACAUUGUUCUAGACAAUGCAGGCUUUGAGUUAGUCACUGACUUGGUCUUAGCAGAUUUCCUGGUGUCCUCGGGCCUCGUACGCAAGAUUUAUUUUCAUGGAAAAUCCUUCCCGUGGUUCGUCUCCGAUGUGACUGCUAAUGACUUUCACUGGACUGUCCGGCAGACCAUGGCGGCCAAUCACAAGUGGAUGUCCAAGAGAGGUUUCCAGUGGCAGAACUAUUUGAAAGUGGGUGCGUGGAGCUAUCACGAUCACCCUUUCUGGACUCAGCCCCAUGAGUUCUGCGACAUGGCAGCCGAUGCUCCUGACCUGUAUUCGCGUUUGCAGCAGGCGGACUUGGUUCUGUUCAAAGGGGAUCUCAACUACAGGAAGCUGACGGGGGACAGGGCCUGGGACCACACGGUGGAGUUCAGCACUGCGCUGCAAGGGUUCCAGCCUGCACCGCUGUGCAGUCUAAGAACCCUCAAGGCCAACGUCCAGGUUGGUCUCCAGCCAGGCCGAGGCGAGAAGCUCACCUCCAGAGACCCAACCUGGAUGACUAACGGAAAAUACGCCGUCAUUCAGUUCUACAGCCCUAAGCCGGUCUGAGCUGUGGGUCACAAUGUGGUUCAUUAAAACAGGAUGGAGGUCAAAAGCAAAAAAAUAAAUAAAAUUGGAGGUUUCUUACCUUUCAGCACUUCAUUAGAUUCAGCUGUUUUAUAGUUUUGUUCAUAAUUUUUCAUGAGUAACAUCAUCUCAUGCUUUAAGUAGCUUUUUUUUUAAUCAUUACAUGAAUUCACAAAGUAAAUUUGGACAUUUUCUGUAACAUAUUUUUAUUUUCAAGACUUGUUUGCUGAACAUGUUUACAGAUUAAUGUUUGUGGAUCUCGGUGAUAUUGGAGCUGCAAACCGUGUGCAUGCACUGAAAAGAAAGUAAACUAUAAUUAUUGUUCAUUUCCUAAGCAUUUUUUUAUUAAUUAAAUAAAAACAACUAAACUGCAAAUUAUCUGACAUUUUUUUUAUUAUUCCAGAUUACAAAUUAGUUUUUUUCUUUUUUCAAAUCUCUCCUGUAGUUCAAAUAUUUUUCAAUUCUUUCAUAAAUAAAUCUUGGACAGAUAAUGUUGCAACAUUGGCACAAAUUUCGUUUUCCUUGAUUAGAUUUUAAAUUUUGGAAGCGGGCCGCUCCACGGAAACUAGAGAUUAAAAGUUGGCAAAGAAGAACUGAAAACAUGGCAGCAUUAUCUAGAAUGGCGAAAAACAUUCCAAAUAUUUACACAAGUCUGAUCACUUGCAGUAAAGUGAAUCUAAAGACUUCAGUAAUGCCAAAUGCUCAAACAGGAGCUCCGAUUUGAUCAAUAAAAGAAAAGUUUCUGAAGUUUUUUAAACCCAUAUUCCGAUUUUAUCUUGCUGCUGGAUUUUUUUUAUUAUGAAGGCAGAUUUGCCUGAAAGUUUGAUUUCAAAGUAAAGAUCAGAGGAAGGUUUGGGUGUUGAUUUUUAAUCUGAAUGGUUUGGAUUAAAGCUUUAAAUCUCCCUGGCCAAAAUCUGGAGUCCAUCCUGACGCCUGUCUGCGCUCAAAUAAAACACACACUUGUAAUAAACCUGAACAGAUGAAAAAGGUAAUAAAUAGAUGAAACUAA